AUGAGGGGUCUCAAAAACCUCCUCCCUCUCCUUUUCCUGUUUGCUUGUUUUUGGUCAGAAGUUUUCAUUGCUCUAGACACCAUAACUGUCAACGAGCCAAUGAGAGAUUCUGCAACUAUAGUUUCCGCAAGCCAAAACUUUAAAUUAGCGUUCUUCAGUCCUGUAAAUACUAGUGACCGCUAUGUUGGAAUCAUUCUCAAUAUUCCAGCACAGAGUGUUGUGUGGGUGGCUAACAGAGACGACCCCAUUACGGAUUCUGCAGGAAUGUUGACAAUUUCAGAAGAUGGUAAUGCUGUGAUCUUGAAUGGGCAGAAGAACGUACUAUGGUCGUCUAACGUAGCAAAUUCUGUGGCAAAUUCUAGUGCACAACUUUUGGAUACUGGGAACUUGGUCUUGAGGGACAACUCAAAUGGAAGAAUUUUGUGGGAAAGUUUUCAGACUCCUACGGAUACUCUUGUGAGGACAAUGAAAAUAGGCGUGAUAAGCAAAAAUAACAUGAUCCGGCUGACCUCAUGGCGAAGUCCCUCUGAUCCCUCAGUUGGAAACUUCUCUUUUGGCGUUGACCCUCUUCAAAUCCCAGAGUUUUUCAUCUGGAAUCAUAGUAAACCUUACUGGCGGAGUGGUCCAUGGAAUGGAAACGUGUUUAUUGGAAUUCCUGAAAUGAGUUCUGCAUACCAUAAUCGAUUUGAUCUGGUGACAGACCCUAAUGGAUCUGAAUAUUUUACACACUCCUUCAUCAAUGAUCUUGCUUUGUUAUACUAUGUAUUGAAUUCUUCAGGGGUUCUAGCUGAGAAGGUUUCGUAUUAUGGAGAUGGACACUCCAAGGUUUCGUGGACAAGUCUAAAGAGUGAAUGUGAUGUUUAUGGCAAAUGUGGCCCUUUCGGAAGUUGCAAUCCUCAGCAUUCGCCAAUUUGUACAUGCCUGCAAGGUUUUGAACCAAAAAACAAGGAGGAAUGGGACAAGGGAAACUGGACUGGUGGCUGCUCCAGAAAGGCAUUGCUGCAGUGCGACAGAAACAUCUCUGCUGGUCAAGAGGGCAAACCAGAUGGAUUUUUGAAGCUUGCAAACAUAAAAAUUCCAGAUUUUGCUCAUUUAAUGGAGCUCCUCAGGUCAGCUACAGAGCAAGACUGUGGUAAUCAGUGCUUGAACAAUUGCUCCUGCAUAGCAUAUGCCUAUAGUACAGGGAUUGGAUGUAUGUACUGGAGCAGCAGCCUAAUUGACAUACAACAGUUCUCUUUUAAUGGGGCAGACCUUCACAUAAGGGUGGCACAUACGGAACUUGGUAAUACAUUGUGCUAUGCUAUUAACAUGAAGGCCGUCAUUGCAAGCACAGUAGUUUUGGGUCUUUUAUUCUUGGCCAUAUCGGCAUACUGUUUCCGGAAGUGGUUGACAAGGCACAGAGGGAAUAAGCAAAAUGUUGAAUUGUCAUUAUUUGAAGAAGGCGAAGUGUCUAAAAAGGAAAGCAUUCUGAGUGACAAGCCAGAACAAUCAAAUCUCGAAGAGCUGCCGUUGUACAGUUAUGAGACACUGGCUAUUGCAACGGAUACAUUUCAUGUGAAGAAUAAGCUAGGCACAGGUGGCUUUGGUCCAGUGUUCAAGGGGAAACUUUUAAGCGGCCAGAAAAUUGCGGUGAAAAGGCUUUCAAAUUCUUCGAAUCAAGGGAUCAAGGAGUUUAUGAAUGAGGUUGAGCUCAUUUCCAAGCUGCAACACCGUAAUCUUGUUAGACUCCUGGGGUGCUGUGUCGAAAGAGAAGAAAAAAUGUUAAUCUAUGAAUACAUGCCAAACAAAAGCUUGGAUGCCUAUCUAUUUGAUUUACAAAAACGAGAUUUACUUUAUUGGAACAGACGCAAAUUAAUCAUUGAAGGGAUUGGCAGAGGCCUCCUUUACCUUCACAGAGACUCGAGGUUGAAAAUUAUUCAUAGGGAUCUGAAACCAAGCAACAUCCUCCUAGACGAAGAGCUCAAUCCAAAAAUAUCAGAUUUUGGCUUAGCAAGAAUUUUUGGAGGCAACCAGGAUCAAGCCAACACAAAUAGAGUUGUAGGGACAUAUGGCUACAUGGCCCCUGAAUAUGCGAUGAAGGGUAAGUUUUCAGAGAAAUCAGAUGUAUACAGUUUCGGGGUAUUGUUAUUAGAGAUUGUAAGUGGAAAGAAAAAUACUACCAUGUUUUCAACAUUUCAGGCCUGGAAACUAUGGAAUGAAAACGAAGCCGCAAAAUUAGUAGAUCCAGCAUUAUCUGAUCCACGGGUUGAAAUGGAGAUCUUGAGAUAUGUGCACGUGGGACUAUUAUGUGUGCAGGAAUCUGCUAAUGAUAGGCCAAAUGUGUCUAAUGUUCUUUCAAUGCUGAACAUUGAAAUUGCAGAGCUGCCUCCUCCUAAAUUACCAGCUUAUACUGCAAGAUUGGGUUCAUGGGAAGGUGAAGAAGACCGCGGAGCCUUAGACACCAUUACCAUGAUGGAGCCUAUUCAGGAUGACAGGACCCCAGCCAUAUUUGAUUACCACAAGUCCCAAAUUCAGGAAAAUUUCAAUGGAAUCAAAUUGGAUCAGAAGUCGACAGCUGUGGAGUGUAAUUAUCAGAUUUCCAACUGA